AUGGAAUACCUUAAAUUGCCUGGAGAUUCUUGCUUCACUCCAGCUGAGGCUACAAAGCUCGCGGCGAGAAUCAAUGAUGUUCAUCAAGUGAAGGUAGAACUUACGGGUGUUUGGAUUCAUUAUACACAUUUGAGACACUCGGAUCCAGAAACUGAAGCCAAGAUCAAGCAACUACUUCCAGUCUCAGGAGUGGAUUUGGAGGCUAAAUUGGGAAGCAAGAUCUAUUAUGUUACUCCAAGAAACCUUUCCCCAUGGAGUUCCAAAGCUACAAACAUCGCACAUGUCUGCGGUCUCGAAUCCCAAGUUCACAGAAUUGAAAGAGGUCGGGCUAUUUUGAUAAAAUAUGCGGAGCCAUCUGAGGCAGAGAGGGAGGAUUUGCCAUUCAAAGAUAUCCUUUACGAUCGCAUGACCGAGAACAUCAGUGCUGAGGAGCCAGAUGUGCACAAAAUUUUCGAAGAAGGGGAGCCAAUUCCCUUGGAGGUUGUUGAUCUUUGGGUAGAGGGUUCAACACCUAUCGAAGUCUUGAAAGCGUACAACGUGAAGCGUGGUCUCGCUCUAGAUACCCCAGAAAUGGAAUACCUUGUUGAAAAAUACACCCAACACGGCAGAUCACCUACCGAUGUCGAAUUGUUUAUGUUUGCGCAAGUCAACUCUGAGCAUUGUAGACAUAAGCAAUUCAAUGCGAACUGGACAAUCGAUGGCAUGGGUAUGGAUAUGAGUUUAUUUGGAAUGAUUCGAAACACCCACAAGAAAAAUCCAGAUUUCACCGUAUCAGCUUAUAGCGACAAUGCUGCCGUUUUACAAGGACAGAUGGCCAGUCACUGGGCCCCCGAAUACUCAACUGGUAGUUGGAAGCAAACCCCUGAGGUUGUGCAUAUCCUAGCGAAGGUGGAGACUCAUAACCAUCCCACAGCAAUCUCACCUUUCCCAGGAGCAGCGACCGGUUCAGGAGGAGAAAUUAGAGAUGAAGGUGCAGUGGGUAGAGGAUCCAGCCCCAAAGCUGGUCUUUGUGGAUUCUGGGUUUCAGACCUUUUGAUUCCAGGACAUAAGCAACCAUGGGAAAUGGAUGUUGGCAAGCCAGCACAUUAUGCCAGUAGUUUGGAAAUUAUGUUGGAGGCACCAAUUGGUAGUGCCAGAUUCAACAACGAGUUUGGUAGACCAUGUCUUGCUGGAACCUUUCGUACCCUCCUUACAGAUGCAGAUGCCUCAACGGACGAGUUUCGCGGAUACCAUAAGCCUAUCAUGAUCGCUGGUGGACUAGGUACUGUUAGACCAGAACACGCCAUCAAGAAUGGCAAUGACGUCAAACCCGAAGCUCAUGUAAUUGUUCUUGGUGGCCCAGCAAUGUUGAUUGGUCUUGGUGGGGGUGCAGCUUCAAGUAACACAUCUGCUGGAGAAAGCUCAGUUGAGCUUGACUUUGACAGUGUUCAGCGAGGAAAUCCAGAAAUGGAAAGAAGAGCUCAGAUGGUUAUUGAUCAUUGCAGAGCCUUGAAGGAUGAGAAUCCUAUUGCAUUCAUCCAUGAUGUAGGAGCAGGUGGAUUAUCCAAUGCUUUGCCGGAGCUUGUUAAGGAUGCCGGAUAUGGUGGCAAAUUCGAGCUUAGAGAUGUCGAGAGUGCGGAUGGCAGUAUGAGUCCUUUACAAAUCUGGUGCUGCGAAGCUCAAGAACGUUACGUCUUGAUUGUCAACAAGGAAGACCUUGGUAGAUUUACAAGCAUCGCCAAACGUGAACGAUGUGGCUUCUCUCCAUGUCGGGACCGUCAGCACCCUACACCCAUCGAUCUCCCUAUGUCUACUUUGUUCCCCAAGGACAGGAAAUUGGACAGAAUCGUGCAGUCUAGGAAACCACAGCUUCUCCCAUUCAACGCAGAGAAAUCCCUCAAAGAAGCGUACCCCCACAUUCCCGAUCAUGAUCUCUUAAGAAUGGCUAUCGAGCGUGUAUUUUCCCUUCCAUCUGUUGGCUCUAAAUCUUUCCUCAUCACUAUCGGUGAUCGUUCCGUUGGAGGUUUGACCGUUCGCGACCAAAUGGUCGGACCAUGGCAAACUCCUGUCGCAGACGUAGCUGUCACAGCUAGUGCUCUUAACAUUGGUGGCAAACUGAAGACUGGUGAGGCUAUGGCUAUGGGUGAAAAGCCUACGUUGGCUUUGAUCUCGGGUGCAGCUUCGGCUAGAAUGGCUGUUGCCGAAAGUUUAAUGAACAUUGGUGCAGCACAUCUUCUGGGCAACUUGCCUCGUAUCCGUUUAUCUGCAAACUGGAUGGCCGCAGUCAACCAACCUGGUGAAGGUGCAGCUUUGUAUGAGGCAGUUCAAGCCAUUGGAAUGGAUCUCUGCCCUAAGUUGGGAGUCAGUAUCCCUGUUGGCAAAGACUCAACAUCAAUGAAAGCCUCGUGGAAGGAUCAAAAGAGUGGAGAUUCUAAAACAGUCACAGCUCCUAUGACUGUGGUUAUUUCUGCCUUUGCGCCAGUCGCAAAUGUUCGUAACACAUGGACGCCUGCACUCCGAAGACUUGAAGAUGUCGGAGAGACUACAUUGAUGUAUGUUGAUCUUGCUCAAGGUCACAAGGCUAUGGGUGGAUCAGCCCUCGCGCAAUCUUUCGGUCAAGUUGGAGAUGAAGCACCGGAUGUUAGAGAUACUGAUCUCAUCAUUGACUACUUUGAUGCUUUACAACAAUUACACGAGUCAGGAGUUGUGUUAGCCUACCAUGAUAUUUCAGAUGGUGGUUUGUUGACUACCAUCGCCGAAAUGAUGUUUGCUGGACGAUGUGGCGCUGAGAUCAUGCUUGAUGGAGUUUCUAAGAGCGCAUCCCCAUCUCACGUCAUCGAAGCUUUGUUCAACGAAGAACUUGGUGCUGUUUUCCAAGUUCGUAAAUCGGACGAGGUCAACUUUAUGAGAUGUUUUGCUACCUGUGGUCCUCCACCAGGACUCAUCAGAAAGAUUGGACGAGUACCAGCUGCAUCGAAACAACAACUCGCCAUUCGCUACGGACAGAAGCCAAUCUUACACAUGUCAAGAUCUGAGCUUCAACAACAAUGGACCAAGACAUCUUACCAAAUGCAACGUCUGAGAGACAAUGAUGAUCGCGAUCCUGGUCUCCACUAUACCCUUACCUAUGAGCCUAAGGAGAACAUUCUUCCAUUGACGGCAUCAAUCACAUCCACUUUCUCUAAGGCACCUCGCGUAGCUAUUCUCCGUGAACAAGGAGUUAACGGUCAUGCCGAAAUGGCAUUUGCUUUCAAGGCUGCAGGAUUUGACCCUAUCGAUGUCCACAUGACUGACAUCAUUUCUGGACACUAUUCUCUGGCUAAUUUUGUCGGUAUUGCUGCCUGUGGUGGUUUCUCUUACGGUGACGUCAUGGGUGCUGGUCGUGGAUGGGCAAAUUCCAUUCUUAUGCAUGAACAAAAAGCUCGACCAGAGUUUGAGAAUUUCUUCAAACGCCCUGAUACAUUUGCAUUGGGUGUCUGCAAUGGUUGUCAAAUGCUUAGUCGCAUAUCUGAACUUAUUCCUGGUACUUCUCAUUGGCCUGUCUUUACCGACAACCAAUCUCAACAAUUCGAAGGCAGAGUCAGCAUGGUGAAGAUCCAAGACAAUGCCAAGAAACCAUCUGUAUUCCUCCACGGUAUGAAUGGUAGUUCCUUGCCUAUCGUCGUUUCACACGGUGAAGGUCGAGCUUCGUUCAAAAAUGAUACAGACUUGGGAGCCUUGAACUCUGAUAAUCUCAUCCCAAUCAGAUACACAGAUAACUUCGACAAACCCACAAUGAGAUACCCAUACAAUCCAAACGGCAGUCCUGAGGGUAUUGCAGCAGUGAGAAGCUUGGAUGGAAGAGUCUUAGCUAUGAUGCCUCAUCCAGAGAGAACUAUCAUGGCAGAUGUCGGUAGUUACGUACCAAAGGAGAGUGCAGAGGAGUGGGGAGAAUUUGGUCCUUGGGUCAGAAUGUUUAAGAGUGCUAGAAGAUGGGUCGGCUGA